CCGCCGCCGGCGAAAAUGGUGGCUGUUCUGAGCUUCGAGAGAGAGAUGAGCGAGAGCAACCUCCCUCAGAAGGAGGCGAGCGUGCUCAAGGGCCAUGAGGGCGCGGUUCUGGCUGCCCGAUUCAACGGCGACGGUAACUACUGCCUCAGCUGCGGCAAGGACCGCACGAUCCGCCUCUGGAACCCCCACCGUGGCAUCCACAUUAAGACCUACAAAUCCCACGGCCGCGAAGUCCGCGACGUCCACUGUACCUCGGACAAUUCGAAGUUGAUAUCUUGUGGUGGUGACCGGCAGAUAUUCUAUUGGGAUGUGUCGACUGGCCGAGUCAUUAGGAAAUUUCGUGGGCACGAUAGCGAGGUUAAUGCAGUAAAAUUUAAUGAUUAUGCAUCUGUCGUGGUAUCAGCUGGCUAUGAUCGUUCAAUGCGUGCUUGGGACUGCAGAUCUCAUAGCACUGAGCCAAUUCAGAUCAUGGACACAUUUCAAGACAGUGUGAUGUCUGUUUGCUUGACAAAAACUGAAAUUAUUGGUGGAAGCGUGGAUGGUACUGUUCGAACAUUUGAUAUUCGAAUUGGUAGAGAAAUAUCUGACGACUUGGGGCAACCUGUUAACUGUAUUUCAAUGUCAAAUGAUGGUAACUGCACAUUGGCAAGUUGUUUAGAUUCAACUUUGCGUCUUGUAGAUAGGUCUACUGGUGAGCUAUUGCAAGAAUAUAAGGGCCAUACUUGCAAGUCUUACAAAUUGGAUUGCUGUCUUACCAAUACCGAUGCACAUGUGACUGGUGGAUCUGAGGAUGGCUAUGUCUUCUUCUGGGAUUUGGUCGAUGCGACAGUGAUAUCCAAAUUCCGAGCUCAUGCCUCUGUGGUAACAAGUGUAAGUUAUCAUCCAAAGGAAGACUGUAUGAUCACUACCUCUGUGGAUGGCACAAUUAAGGUGUGGAAGACGUGAAACUGUUCAGCUUGCUCCGGGCAAUGCAUCUUUUCAUGCCCCAUUGGAAGGUAAUAUCUUUUGGGCAGCAAAAUUUUUUGCAGAAUUUCAGAAGCUGAGAUUCAUGUAUAUUACAUUCUAGCUGGAAUGUUCUGGUUGCACUUCCAGUGAAUUUCUAUUGGUUAUGUACCAUUGACGUGAGGGAUUCUUAAUCUAUGUGCUGAAUUUGCAUU